AAGUGCACGUUAAUUAGAGAGACUGCUUUAUGAGCUAAUAAUUGCAUGAAGUGUAGAGGGAAGCUGAUGCUAUCAUAUUCCUAAUUUUUAAAUAAUAGUGCGAUAUGUUCGCUUUUAUAAACUACUAAUUAAAAUUAAUUUUUAAUUUCACUCUUUACAAUGUAAUUACUACUGCUAAUUUAUCUGCAAUACAACUCGUGUAAACACUAAAGAAUUUUGACGAGUUCUGAAGUAUUUCAACUAAUGCUUAAGUGGUUACAAAUGCUGAAAAAGCUCAUAACAUGAAACUGAUAGUAAAGGUAACGUAAAUAAGUAAAAAACAAUGAGAAAACAACAACAACAACAACAACAACAACAACAACAACAGCAACAAUAACAACAACAAUAACAUCGACAACAAUAACAACAACAACUGCAAUAACAAUAACAAUAACAAUAACAGCACCAUCAGAAUCAGCUUCAACAGAAACAACAAAUGGAAACUGAAACAAUCCUCUCAGAACCUAUUCAAGACACGCGUAGUACAUAACAAGAGAUGGUUGAAAUGACGGAUUUACAAUAUUUUAAUGCUGACGCUGCAUCUAACCUCUAUUGGUUCGUGUUUAAACAAUAUGUACCAUUGUCUGUAAAUUAGCAUUGUUAAAUUUUAAGUUAAUUAACCACAGGCUGAAAUUCACUAAGCUGAAAUUCAGUGUAUGAAAGCGCUUUUUAUAUCAUUAAUAUAUAGAAAGUGAAACGUAAUUAAAGUGUUAUAACUGGAUUUUGUUGUCAUUAAAAAAAUUGUGAAAGUAAAAUAUAUGAAUUUAUCAGACGAAUUUUCAUCAGAUACACGCCGAUAUUAUUUCUAAUAUGUACAACAACAUUAUCGUAUUCUUGACAAUUUCUCUUAACUUCAAGAAAACUGAAUUGUCAAACGUAUUCAUUUCCAAGGAAAACGGAAAGGACGAAGACAAAUGUGGACGGUAUUCAAUUUCAGCAUGCAAAUCCUUAGUAUAUGCUAUUACUCGAAGCGCAGAAGUUCCCGGGACAGGAGAUUUGACCAUUCAAAUAGACGGUGGAAACAAUGUACAUGAUCCCUCUAUAUAUGAAGUUAAUACGAGCUUUCAAGUUGAUAGGAAUUUAACGCUAAAAAGUACUGGAAAAGUUUGCCCUACCAUUAUCAUUCCUAAUUAUCAUGUUAUGUCACAGCAGUAUAUUUUUAAUUGCAAGGAAAAAUAUACCAUAAAAGUAGAUAAUAUUCGGUUUUACAAUGCUCCGUUGGCUUAUAUCCAGUCUGAUAUGACUAUUAAGCUACAAAAUUCCGUUGUUGAAAGUUCAUUUAGUUUUGUACAGCAACUACAACUGGCCAAAAAAAGUUACUUAAACAUGGUGAUUACUAACUGCAGCUUUAAUAACUCCAAAUUGGAUCUGAUAUCUACAGAGUUAACUAUUGUUAACAGUUUCAUAAAUGGUACAUCAGUUAUCAGAGCCUCAAAAAUUGCAAAAUGUAAUAUAUCAAAUUGCGUUUUCAAGAAUACAAAAGUGCUCCUUGCAUGCAAAGCGAUACUUUUAAGGGAUCAAGUAGUCAGUAUAUCCACGAGCAGAUUUAUUAACACUCACAAAUUUCAAAAUGCAAUUCGUAACUCUGGCUGCUUGAAAGUUGGUGUCAUAUUAUCAUACUUUCAAGGUCACAAGCACACAGCGUUAGCACUUAGUGAUAUUUUUUCAGUAACUGUAGAUCGUUCGCAUUUUCAAAAUAAUGAAGGCUUCAAUGGAGGUGCUCUGGUGGUUAAAAAAAGCCAAGGAGAAAUUACACAAUGCAUUUUUUUUAAUAACUCAGCAAGAAAUGGAGGAGCAGUUUAUUUUAUGGAUGGUAUAGCUGGUUUACUAAUAAAAGAUUCAAGAUUUAUUUUAAAUUCAGCUAUUAAGUUAGGUGGAAGUAUUUAUAGCAGUGAAACCGGAAAGAGGACUGAUGCGCAGCUUACUCUCUAUAAUGUCACUUUACGAGGUGAACCAACAUUUCCAACGGUUUCUGGUACUUUAAUUUACUCAACAACUGUUACAAUUCUUCGCAAAGUCAGCAUGAAUAUCUUGUUGAUGUCACGAGAUUGGUCAAUGACAGAUGGAUUCUCGUGUAACAUGAAGUGCAUUAACAGUAUCGCAUUUCAAGAGCAAAAUUUUACAUAUGUCUGCCCGAUAAAUCAUAACGCGUUAACAGUACUCUAUGGUAAUUUAAAACGACUUGUAGCUCUUCGUUGCCUUAGAUGCAAGACAACCACUUAUUCGAUAAAUACCGGAAUGCUUCAAAUCCGAAAUCGUAUACCAGGAAAAUCCACAAUAUCUAAAAAUGUUAAUAUUUGUCAACAGUGUCCCUCUGGAGGAAAUUGUAACAAUGGGAUAACCAGUCGUGGUAAUUUUUUUGGCUACCCAUCACCGGAUAAAAGCAUAGUAUCGUUUAUACCUUGUCCCCAUUCAUAUUGCUGCUCCCCACAAAAUGUUAAGUGUGUAUCGUACAAUACUUGCAAUAAGAAUAGACAAGGUGUUUUAUGUGGAUCAUGUAAAACUGAUUACCGAGUGAACUACUUUGAUGAAAGUUGUGUUCUUAAAAGGGAUUGCAAGAAACACACGUUUUGGUUACUCUAUUUGUUCUGCGUCAUCUUGUAUAUGGGAGGACUGUUUUAUUACAAAAAGGUGUUCUUGUAUGUCUUAAAACAUGUUACAUAUGCCAGAAAGAAGACAUAUGAUCUUGACAAUUUAACGGAACGAUUGAUUGAUAAAGAUGAAAGCAAUAGUUUUGAUUAUAAGGAAGAAGCAGAUAAUAUUGUUGCUAUUUCUUCAGUGAUAGAUCAUGAACCUUCCAAAACCACUAUGUGUCUCAGAGAAGUUAAUAUGGCAAUGAAUAUUUCAGGAGUGAAAACUAUUUUGUUUUUCUUUUAUCAAGUUGAAAUUUUGUUGCGAAUUGACCAAAACUAUCACCAAGAAAAAACAUUUCUGGCGAUUGUUAAAAAAGCCAUUUCUUCUACGUUCAAUUUCCAAAUCAUUUCAGUAACGUUAUCAAGAUUGUGUCCGAGUGAAGUUCUCACAAGACUUGGUAAGGAAUUUAUUAAGGCAUCGACAAUUCCAGCAGCAAUGGUUCUUUUUGUUUUUGCCUUUGUCGCAAGAAAAAUCUAUUUAGCAUGGAGAACAAAAAAGAGAGAGGUUAAAGAGUUGCACAAAUGCCACACAGGCUUUCAAGUGAAGAUCAAAUCAUCGCUUAUCCAUCUUACUUUGCUAGGUUACACUGAAAUUUCAGCAUUCUGCUUAAGAAUGAUGAAUUGUGUCACUAUAAACGACACACAUCAUUUGUACAUACAAGGUGAUGUUGUCUGUUAUUCAUGGUGGCAAUAUCUUAUCAUGGUGUUCUUUUCCAUCUGGAUUGUCCCAUUUCCGUUAUCAACCUAUCUCUCGGAAAAAAUGCUGGCUGAGGCUAAUAUAACGAAUAACCAAUUCUUCAUCUGCUUCGCAUUUCCUCCAUAUACAAUCUACUGUUACGUGGCGGGGACACAAAUCAUUCCUGACUCAAUGGAAAAUCAUUCAUGCAAUGAAAGGAAAGAGAGAGAGAAACUUAUUGAUCUUUUUCAGGGACCAUAUCGACAAAAGAAAACUAACCUUCAUUCAAUUAAUUGGGAAGUCAUUGUCUUAUUCCGGCGACUUAUUCUCUCUGUUCUAUGUGUAUGCAUAGUCAACCCGGUUUUAAAAACGUUUUUUACAUUUCCGAUGCUUCUGUUAUUUCUGUUGCAUCAUUGGUAUAAACAGCCUUAUUUCAACAAAUCAUUAAACCGUUUGGAAACCGGGUCGCUUUCAGCUCUACUGCUCUUCAACGUCUUCGAUUUAAUCUGGGCUCUGGAUUACAUGUAUAAUCUUACAAAUCUGGCAGGAUUCAAAUUAAUCAACCCUAUUUGCGCGUGGGUGAGAGAUGUGAUUCUUGUGACACCUCCAUUGGUAAUUGUACUUAUUUUACUAUCAGCGAUAGUGAAGAAGCUCAUUCCUAUUAUCACAUCAUGUUUGAGAAAGAAGUUCAACUAACAAAUUGUAGCAUAUGUACAUAGCAGGUUUCUUUCCUCUCUACAAUCAUAGACAAAAUUAAUGAAACAAAGGCAGUUUUUUCUCACAUUUCACACUCUGAUAUAGAAACAACCAAUAUGAUCACAUGUGGCAGCUGAUUUUAAAAUUAGUCAUGCUGGUUCAUUGUGUUUUGUCCAUAAUUGUGAUACUUUUUAUACUUGCUUUGUAUCUUAACUAUUUAAAAUACUAUCUUUAUUAAAAAUUUUGCCUUGUAAGACAGCAGAUUCGCUCUUUUAACUUAAAUAUAGUGAAGAAUUGCGUCAAUGGUACAACAAAACCACAAAAUCAUUUGUUCAGUGUGCAUUGUUCAUCAUUCUCAAAUAACUCAAGGGAAAGAAACUUGAGCAAAAGCCUUUAAAAUUAAAUUGCGAUAGAAAAUUUGAAAACAAUAAAAUAAAAAUCUGAUUCGCGAAAUUAACUUGCUGCCAAUAUUACGAAAACUUCUGUCAUUUAUGGCAAAACACAGAUAAAGUAUUUAAUUCUUUUCUGGUAUGUAGUUUAUAAAAUAGUGUGUAGUAUAAUUCUAUUUAGUAUUUUUAAAAGUAUGUAUUAUCAGUAAAACCGUUACGUUGACGUUAAAGGGGAUACGGAACGGCUGUUGGUUUUGGAAUUUAGUGACUGACACGAAAGUUGAACUUUCUAUCUUCUCCAGCCUUGGACAUGUUUUCCUCCAGAAUGAGCCUUGCUGAAAUAUUUCUUUGUAAUAUACCUUUCGAAAAGGAAUAUUGAACCCGCGAGCAAAGUGCGCUGGUCUGUUCAUUGCGCAAAACGCGUUUUCCAGGUUUUUAAUAUGUGCGCGGGAUAUACGGAAUGUGAGCAUUUUAACCGGUUCGUAGCCCCUUUAAGGAAAUAAAAUAACUACAAAUGAAAAAGUUUCGAAAAUUUUUUUUUUUUUUUUCUCUUAUCCAUACAUCUCGAUAGAGUGGACCUUUUCUUGUUAGUUGACUUGCAACAAUAACUUAACUGCCGAAUACACUAGCUAAACAGUGAAUCUAUUCAUAACAUUUGAAUAUGAUGAAGUUUAUAUAUGUCUCACACUAAUGUUGUUAUUAAUUUUGUCAAAAAGAAAUGCAUAUAAUAAAGAAGAAAUGGAUACCGAAGCUUUUUUAAGAACGAUUGGCUUGAAUGAUUGCAGAUAAACAAUUAAUGUUAAUUGAAAGUGAUUGAAUUUUUUUUUUUUUACAUUCUGAUAGAUAAAUUUUUAAAAUUUUCUCUGACGAGUCCAACACGGUCAUAGUGGCACUUCUAAAAUAUAGCCUCUCAACUUUAAUUCCUGUAUCAAAAGCCUUCAGGAAGAUUGAGAAAAACAAGGAAAAAACUCUAAUGAAGUGUUUUUGGUGAUUCAGGUUUGUUCUUUGAUAUUAUAUCUAUUCC